CACUGCUACACCACCACUACAAACAUGAUCAUUGUUCAUUUGUGUAACUUUAACAUUACCACGAUCGUCAUCGUCAUCAUCGCCAUUGUGUACAAGGCUAAAUGGAUGCCCCCACCCAUCGGUCCAUUGCACAACAGCGCUCCUAAAGCUAAGAGCUGUCUUGUACCGUACUUUUCUUUAGUGCUAAGACGCCAUGUAACGAGAAGUAACAUGCCACAUAAACCAAGGAUUUUAUAGUAGUACGUACACAUUCUGUGUAAAGCAAAGGACGAGUGAGGUUACAAGUUCUGUACCUCGCCGCUGUCAGAUGGGCGGCUAUCCGAGCUAAGCUGUGCUUUUUGUGUGGUUUUAGCUUUGUGCGAUAGAAGGAAUUGGAAUAAAGUAGAGAAGCUGUUGUGUUACAAUUCUUUUGUCUUACGCUAGAAUUGUACGGGGGGGUAAGUGUGUUGUGUGAGUUUUUCUGAACAAAGGAUUCUGCGAACAUGUAAAAUAAUUUAUUGAUUUGUUUCUUGUUCAAUACGUUUUUAUUUUUUAUUUUCCCGUUUCUUUUGAAUAUGACUUGGUUUUCAGAAUUCCAAAUCCCCAAACAACACCACAUUCAUGCAAACAACAACCAGCUACUAAAAACUUACCAUCUCAUCUCCCCCCUAUUUUCUCCGUUCGACCCCUAACACCGAAUAAAUAAAUAAACCCAUCAACUUACAUGCUUACUCCAAAAGCAACUACUUCCAUCAUCACGUACGCUUGAUUGAUUGAAUCUCCAUCUUAAUUUACCGACACUGCGUCUCUCAUCACACAUACACACGCAUACACAGCAUGUCCUGCCUGAAUCCUCAGCAUUGGGGAUAUAUUUGUCGCCAUCACAGUAUGUAGUGUGAUGAGAUGUGAGUGUGUAAGUGUGUGAGUGGCGUUUCUUAUG